CGGUCAGCAUAUAAGAGCGAGGUAUAUUUAGAAAUAUCUGCAUUUCAGAUAAACAAGUGUAAAUUUUCUUAAAAUUUAAGAAAUAUGGUUGGGAAUAUGAAUUGAACGCGCCAGCUGGCAACUAAACACCACACAGCACCCAAACCUGAAUGACUCGCCAGAGGAUACGCUCCAAGCAAACACAACACAGAAUCCUCAGUGUAUAACCAAAUGGCUUGCUUCCAAGGCAGAUUGCUAGUGACAAUACCAGAGACUGGCUCCAGGGUAUGACCACAGCAUUACCCGGCGCAUGCGCGUACAGCACCCUGUGUUAACGAGCAAUAAAGGAAAUUAUUGCACAAAGAGAACAUCAAAUUCAAAAAUAGACCAUGAUUCUAGAGUUAUAAAUUUAGGGUCAAGGUUAGCCCUCGGGCGCCCGCAAAACCAAAAGAACAGUACCAACGUCCCUUUUAACGACCGCCGUGUUUGCUAACAAGGGUCUUACUGAGCGACAGAUAAUUGUACCGACGAAGAACAAAUAGCGCCGCUAUUGACGAAUAUCCACGCAUAAUUUAUUCAUCUAGUCCAAUGGUAGGAAGUAUAGGCUAUCCUCCUCCCAUCGCUCUUGGUGAAUCCGCCUCCUAUUUGUCAUGCCCAUGACAUCUGUGAAUGAUCAGACUAUCAAACUGUAUAAUUAUGGACCGUGUUAUAGAUCUAUGCCAGUUGCAUUGGCUUUCGAAGUGUUUGCGUCUGCGCCACACCGCCGCCCGUCCUCUCAAACGAACAAUACCGCCUUGCACCGGCCCGAGAGCUGUUCUACUCAAAAUGUCAGAUUCAAAGAGAACACAAGAAACUGUCAGUCUUGCUUAGCACAACUAAACAAAUGUCUAGGUUGGCGGCCUUGACUAGCAGAAUUCAUAUAUAAUCACAUGGAAUAGCUUCAAUCUGGAGCCUCAACAGCAUCUCCCCCACAGUCUCGAUUACUCAUACGCUUGAACAAACGGUCAAUUUAGAACAUCGACGAGAAAUAUGUACGGAUACUCGCGACGUCGGUUUGAAGACCGCAUUUCCUCUCCCUAUUACAGUUCAACGUCAAACUUUGUUUCAAACUCGCCAAUUACUGACCCCUGGAGCAUUGAUGUUGAGUAUGAUUGCCGUUGCCCCAGGACGAAUUGUCGACACCGAGAACAAUAUACGAUUUCAGCUGCUCUAGACAAUAGCCGGCCACGCCGACGUAGCUUUCCCUACUACAGUGAUGAUGGUACUGAAUCUGUUCUUUCAAGACCCUAUAGUGCCUACGAAGGUGUAAGGUACCAUCGAACGGAAAAGGAGUAUCGCCAUGAGAGAUCUAGCGAACCUUACGCUGGAUAUCAUGAUGAUAUUUUCAGCUCUAACAGUUUCCCCGAGUCGGAGCAAGGGUUUUCCAUCAACGGCAACAACAUAUAUGCCGGAGGUAAUGUUACGUAUAUUGAAAACAUGAAGAUUCGGAAAGACAGCAAGCAUGCGCAUCGAGUGCAUAUCGAAACACCGCUGCAGAUGAUGGCCGUCGAGGAUCGAACAGGACUAUGGCCUAAGAAGCGCCGCUACGUCCACAUAUCACCAAAACAGAAGAUGAGUCAACUGCUUGAAGAGUUACUUGGAAACUCUAGAAGCAGACGUGUGGUUGCACACCGAGGCCGUGGGCUUGGCAAUGUGAUACUGUCCCGUCAUCAUACCAUGGAAUCUCUGUUCCAUGAGGUCAAGUAUCUUGAAAUUGUCUAUGCGGAACAGACUGUGCUGGUUAGGAGAUACUAAGGUUGAAGGGUUAGUCUUGAUUUGGCUUUUUGUAACGGCUAGCCAAACUUGGCCUCUCGUAACGAGUGUCAGAUUCAAGUAAACGGUGGCGGUAGAGGGGCGUCAGGCCGUUUCCGACCACCAUCCAGAACUCCACUAGAAUAGCAAGUGGGAUAUUCCGAUUGACUGAAUACAAUGAACCUCAUGCAAACCUUACAAAUCAAGUCCGUUCCAGCGGAGCCCGGCGCCCGGCACGCCGUUGCGACAGCAAUCUGGUACGGUAGCCGGGCUGAAUCCGCCGCGGACUUUGCAUCGCAGUCGCACCUGCCAUCCAGCCCGUCAGCAGGGCCGCUGCAGGUGCCAUGUGUUGGAAAGUCUUUGCCGAAUUAGGGUGGUGUGUUCCAACUAUUGCGAGUGCGGAGUUGCGAAGUUGCGAGUGCGAAGGGCAGAGCCUCGUUGUGGAGCCUGAAAUGCUGAACUGUGCGUCAGCGCAGGAAUAUUACUCUGGGG